UAACAUUUACAGCUAGUCCUAGCCAUAUCUGUAUGCAGUGUUUUUUUAUUAAUAAAUACAAACACGCACGCACUUAAACACUUUUUAAAAAUUCAACUUUUGUUAUGGAGAGGGUAGAUCUCGUGAUCGUGUUGUGUGUUAUAUUUGGAUUAAGUUUAACAGAAGGAAGGACAACGGGGUCGAAGGACGCAUUUGACAGCGAUAGCUAUCUGGAGAGAUUCGGGUAUCUGGACGAGUCUAAAGAAGGACGGCAGCACGACGAGACCUCGAGAUCAAACGCCAUCAGAGAGUUCCAGGAGAUGGCGGGGCUCAAGGUCACAGGGGUCAUGAACCAAGAGACCAUCGACAAGAUGCUGGCCCCUCGCUGCGGUCUUCCUGACGUCAUCAGGCCGGUCGACAGGAUUCCGCCGUCAGGUGGAGAAAAAAAGUUACAAAGGAACCAUCCACUCGCGUUCAACGCUCCUGGUUACAAAUGGAACAAGAACGCGAUCACAUACAAACUCGUGGGUUUCUCUAGACAGCUACCUCAAGACAGCCAGAGGCGGGCGAUAAGCAACGCGUUGCGGAAGUGGUCCGACGUGACGCCACUGACGUUCAGCGAGACGACAGCCGCUGACGCCGACAUCCUCAUCAACUGGGUGUGGGGCGACCACAGAGACGGCAGUCCUUUCGACGGAAGAGGCGGUACUCUCGCGCACGCGUUCUUCCCAGGUGAUUCGGAUAUCAGCGGCGACACGCACUUUGAUGAGCAGGAAGAGUGGACGGAGAACACCAAGACGGGAACCAACCUAGAGAUCGUCGCCGCGCACGAGUUCGGACAUGCGCUGGGACUAGGCCAUUCGAACGUACAGGGCGCGCUCAUGCUCCCAUUUUAUGGCGGCUACGACCCCAAUUAUCAGCUUCAUAGCGAUGAUAUACGAGGCGUGCAAACACUUUACGGUGGCCGCUCGGCGCCACGCCCCACCACCCGGCGACCCGACCCCGGACCCACUACCAGGGUUAUUCCUCGCACCACCACUAAAGCCUUGCAGCCCGACAAAAAUGAUAUCUGCAACCUAAAGUUCGACGAUCUAGCGAACGGACCCGACAACAGACUGUACGCGUUCAGGUUAAAUCGGCUCUACAAAUUCAAUCUUGACGGCGUCGGCAUUGAGAAGAUAUAUAAGAAUUCUCAGCGGAUCUUCCCGAAGGCACCGAAAAAUAUAGGGGCCGCAGUGUACGAUCGGCGGAACAACAAAUUCUACAUUUUCAAAGCGGACAAGUUUUGGCGGUACACAGGGUUUGCGCUGGACGUGGGCUACCCAAAGAAGCUACAUGGCUGGUACCGUGGCGUUGACGCAGCCAUUGCCGAGGACAACGGCGAAAUUCGACUUCUUAAGGGGGGCGAGGCAAGCGUGUGGCGAGAGGAUUUUCGGGAGCCCCCUCGUGGAUACCCUGUGCCGAUAUCGAUUCUAUGGCCGGGUCUCAGGAGCGAGCUCGAGGCUGCAGUCAGAUACCGCCGCAUGUCGUACUUCUUCAAGGGGGCCAACUACUUCCGUUACAACGAUCAGCAACGCAAAGUCGACUACCGGAAGGAGAAAGCUGGUCCCUGGCUCGGCUGCUACGUCGUGGGACCCAAAUAAGUCCCCGUUAUGUUUGUCUGAAUGGGAAAGAUAACACCAUUUUAAAAUUCUUAAACAAUGAUUAUUUUAUCUAAUGAAUGUUGACAGAGUUUUGUAUGCCUUUCCAUAUUGAAAUAUGUUCGAAUGCAUGUUUUAUAUGUGAAAAGAAUGUAUGAUAAGAUUGUGAUCUCAUUGUUAGUAUAUGAGUUUUAUAAUGUACACUUAAACAAAGUGUUUACCGGUAA